AUGCCAGAGUGUCUACGAUCUUUGAGAUUUGAUGAGCUCAGUGCUCGGAGAGAUCGAGUGGAGCAAGCCAUCGCCGGCACCGGCAAAUGGCUCGCAGAUGAUGAAGCAUUCCAGAAUUGGGAGAAAAGUCCACACUCCUCCUUACUUUUGAUUCGUGGCAAGCCUGGCAGUGGCAAGUCUACGUUAGCUAAACACAUACUCGAGAUGAAGAAACUGGAGCAUCAAAUGUCUCAACACGGUGAACUUGACCCCUACAACCCGCCGAGGGUUCUCAUCGCGGACUUUUUCUACUCCUUGAGAGGAGGCACGAAAGAGACGAAUCACACGCUGAUGCUCCAAUCUUUGCUUUUCCAACUUCUCAAUCAAGACGCUAGCCUCUUUCUUCUCUUUCAAUCCGCUUAUAGGAGACUAAGAGCUAAGUCCAACUUCGAAUGGCCGCAUCAGGAAUUGAAGGACAUUUUCUCCAGUCUACCAUCCCUUCAAUCUUCACCUGCGGAAUCCAGGAUCUACAUUCUAGUUGAUGCCAUGGAUGAGUCCAGCGAUCGUGGAAGACCCGAGAGAUUAUGCCUGCUGGAGGAGAUUUGCUCUUCCAAGUCCGAUCGUACCUUCAAGUGUCUGGUUGCAAGCAGGCCACUGCCUGUCGGGGAGAUUGAUCAUACUAAAUGGGAUAGUAUUGUUUUGGAGCAGAAAAACUGCAAGGACAUUCAAAAUCUCAUUCAAUCGGGUUUGCGAGAGGUAAAAAGACAGCCCGGCUUGAGCACCAUUGACUUCCAGUUUGCUCUGGACUAUAUGACAAAACAUGCAGAAGGGGUCUUUCUUUGGGUUGCGCUUGUCUUCAGGGAGUUAAAUGAACUUGCAUUAACAGGGCCCAGUCAGGAGGAACUGGAAACAUGCCUUCGAAGGCUUCCCAUCGACCUUGGGGAAUUCUAUUCCCUCAUCAUACAGCGGCUGGUUGACAAAAGCAAAACCAAUCGAGGUUUACCUGGACUCCUUGAGAAAGGUGCCAAGAUGCUCGCUUGGGUAGUCUUUGCAGAAAGACCCCUAAAGUUGGAGGAGUUUCAAGAUGCGGUGGCAAUUCCAUCUUCUCCAGGUACAUUCGACCCAAGCCCUGGAUUCCUGAGACGCACACGUGUAUCCGAUAUCCAAUCUCGCAUCAACGCAUGCUGUGGGCCCUUGAUUGAAAUCAGAGAAGGAUUUGUCCAGCUGCUACAUCUAAGCGUUCGUGAAUAUCUGCUAUUACCAGGCGGAGCUGGACCUCCUUUCCACGUCACCCAGGAAAGAGGCGAUGCGGAAAUCUCCUCAUGCUGCAUUCGCUAUCUCUGCCUUAUUGCCUGUCAGCCACAGUCUAAAGCUAUCACAAGCUGGGACAACCAGGAUUACGACGAGUUGGUGGAAUGGCUCGCUGGAUUCCCGCUCCUCUCUUACAUACUGCGAUAUUCGCUCUCAUAUUUACGGUUUGUAUGUGCCUCGACCGUUUCAACCGAAAUAUCCUUGCUGUUUCAAUUGUUGAGAGACAACCAUGCUUCCCUAUCUCUAUUAGGACACUGGUUGAAGACUCUCCCGAAAUUCGGACACCUGGGUUUGAAGCCCGCAUUGGAUUACCCUCAGUUCCAUUAUCGCUGUCUCACAUCUGCAGUGGAAAGGCGGCUUCCGGCGGUUGUCGAAGUGAUCACACUCCUCAAAGAAGGCAUUCUGAAGGGCGAUUUCGAAUUACUUCAAAGAGCAUCAUGCAAUGACUAUGCAGACGUGGUCAUAAUGCUGUUACAUCAUGGUGCUGAUCUCAACGCACAAGGGGGGCAUUAUGGCAAUGCACUUCAAGCAGCCUCCUUCAAUGGUCAUGCAUGGAUAACCAGAGUGAUGAUAGAUAACGGUGCUGACCUUAACGCACAAGGAGGUCACUAUGGCAAUGCACUCCAAGCAGCUACAGUCAAUGGCCAUGGAAGCAUGGCCAGAUUCAUGAUAGAUAAUGGUGCUGACCUUAACGCACAAGGGGGUUAUUAUGGCAAUGCACUCCAAGCAGCUUCAGUCAAUGGUUAUGCAGACGUGGUUCGAAUGCUGUUAGAUCAAGGAGCGGACCCCAACGCACAAGGGGGCCAUUAUGGCAAUGCACUCCAAGCAGCGACAUCUAAUGGUCAUUCAGAUGUGAUCCAAAUACUGGUGGAUCAUGGUGCAGCACUGCCUUGA